GGACCAGCGUCUACCUCAUGUCUAUGGGCACCUGUUUAUCCACGCAACCGCUAUGUGCCUGAUGGCUACCCAUUUGAUUUGGUGGAGUUGCACCAAUAACUGGACGAGGAACGAUUGAGAACGCAGGAAACAACAGAAAAUAUAUACAGGCCAAGUUCAUCCUCAAUUCCAUCCUUCAUCAUCCCUAGCUUGCGGAUAAUAACUCGCUUUAAAGAAAGAAGCACCAUGUCAAAGGCAAGCAAGGUCUCCAUUGUUGACCCUUCUGGUCCCGCUCCCAGCAAAUUCGCCUCCAACAUGAUUGUCUCUGGUAAGACUGUCUAUCUUGCGGGUGCAGUCGGUACGGACAAGUCAGGGCAGUUCAUUCCAGGGACAAUCCAGGAUCGCACUCGACAGGCUUUGCGCAACGCAGAAGAGCGUUUGCAAUACCUUGGGCUUGACUUAAGCGAUGUCGUCUCCGUGACUAUAUUCCUGUCAAAAUACGAGAAAGACUUUGCGUCCAUGAAUGAGGCAUAUAUUGCAUCGUUUCCGACCGACGCUCCCCUGCCUGUUCGAACCUGUGUCGGAGUGGCAGCUUUGCCAGCAGGGACCGAUAUCGAGAUGACUCUUAUUGCGGCUAAGAGAGAUUGAAGCUCAAAUGUAGUAACAUGUGAUUGUAAAGAAGACAUAUAGCAUACAUGCAUAGUCAUUCAGAUUCAUGCAGAC